UCUCGCGGUCCCGUCUCUCUGAAACUAAUAAAUCUUUCUUACCACGUUGCCAGGUGUAAUGUGUUCAUCGAUACCAACAAACUUGCAUAUACUCCGGUCAUACAGCUGAACUCUUCUUACGUCGAUCUCCUGUCACCAUACGCGCCCGUCUGAACUUUCGUCACUCGUACAUAGAAACGACUUAGCGAUAGCGACACUGUUGGUUAAUACAAUAGGUAUUUGUAGGAGCUUACCUACGACUUACUUUCGAGCUCGCCAGCUAUACAUACUAUUCUUUUUUUUCUUUACCUCUAACAUUUAAUACGAAUAACGUGUCGCCAUAAAAUCUCUAUAGCGCCUACGGGCUGAGAGACAAAAUGGGAGUAUCUAUAAUUGAAGAACAACGCGACGUUCUCAUAAAUACUGUCAAAAACAUUACUGCUGGCGAUUGGAAAGUUCUUGUUGUCGACACCGAAUCCAAGAAAAUAAUUGACAAUGUCGUCAAAGAAGAUGAUAUCCUUAAUCAUAACAUUGCGAACAUCGAAAAAAUCGAAGACCGGAGAGAUAUGAACCAGAGUAUGGACGCUAUAUAUAUAUUAUCACCGCAACCUCACAUUGUCGAUUGUCUCCUAGCCGAUAUCGAACGACGAAGGUAUCGAAGAUGUUUUUUAGUAUGGACUACGGUGCUUGAUCCUCAGCUGAGGAGACGGAUAGACGGUUCUCCCCUGGCAAAGCAACAGAUCGCGGGCUUCGAGACACUCUCGAUCGACUAUUAUCCUCGCGAAUCGCACCUCGUCACCUUUCGAGACCCCUGGAGCUUUCCAAUUCUAUACCAUCCCGCUUGCAAUGGACUUAUAAGGAAGCACAUGCAAGAUUUGGCUCAGAAGAUCACUGGUUUAUGUGUAACCCUCGGCGAGUAUCCCAAGGUCCGCUACUACCGGCCGCAGAACCCAAUACAUGAGGCUAGUGUGCUAUCGUCGCAUCUGGCUCGCUUUAUAUCGGAAGAGCUCGACGAAUAUGCACAAUGGAACCCCAAUUUUCCGCCGCCAAGCUCCCGUCCGCAGGGAGUUCUAAUAGUGACAGAUAGAUCGAUGGAUUUAAUGGCUCCAUUGAUACAUGAAUUUACGUAUCAGGCCAUGGCACACGAUCUACUACCAAUCAAGGAUGGAGAAAAGACAACGUUCCAUAUGGUUGUCAACGAGGGAACCCCAGAUGCGGAAGAGAAGGACAUGGAGCUUGUUGAAAAAGACAAAGUUUGGGUCGAAAACCGGCACAGGCAUAUGAAGGAUACAAUCGAUAAGUUGAUGAGCGACUUCCAGAAGUUCCUCGAUCAAAAUCCACAUUUCACCAAUUCGAACAGCGACACGACCAGUCUGAAUGCAAUUAAAGAUAUGAUGGCAGGGCUGCCGCAAUUCCAGGAGAUGAAAGAAGCGUAUUCUCUCCAUCUCACCAUGGCGCAAGAGUGUAUGAACAUCUUUCAACACCAUAAGCUUGCUGAAAUGUCGCCUACAGAGCAGGACAUGGCUACGGGUCUUGACGAAGACAAUCGAAAACCGAAAAACGUACUCGAUGCGAUUGUUCGCCUCUUGGACGACGAGGCCGUUACUAAGUCGGAUCGCCUCCGCCUCAUAAUGAUGUAUCUCCUUUAUAGAGACGGCGUUAUCCCUGAAGAUAUUCAGCGGUUAUUAGCGCAUGCGUCUUUACCGGCCCAAGACGGCGAGAUUAUAACAAAUUUGGAAUUGCUCGGCGGUCGUACAACACAUGGUCUUAAGGACGUCCGUAAAGACAUAAAGCCUCUAUUCCCCAUUGAUACGAAGGUACCGAUCCCCGAAGAUAGUUAUAUGUCACGAUUCAACCCUGCCGUGAAAACCAUGCUGGAACACCUAUGUAGAGGCGCUUUGGAUCAGACAGUAUUUCCCUAUGUCAAGCCACCACUAGACCCCAACGAGGACGCGCUCAUCGGCCAGGGCUCCCUGCGAGCAGCGAAGCCUAGUUGGGCUGGUGCUGGUAGACGUGUUGUAGAUAAUAGGCAACGCAUCAUCGUCUUUAUGGCUGGUGGAGCAACCUUCUCCGAGUCGCGUUCGUGUUACGAGGUCAGCGCGGCCCUAAACCGCGACGUUUUCCUAGCAACUAGCCAUAUGCUCACACCAGAGCUAUUUGUGAGGCAGGUGGGUGAUCUAGGUGUAGACAAGAGACGGCUUGAUAUACCUAUGGAGAGACCACCCCAAAAGGCACCGGCACAUUUAUUCGAACGACCUGCCCCUCCGCCGAUGGCCACUCCGCCACCGGGUGGUCAACGUCUGCCACCAGGACAAGCGCCACCUCGGCCUGGAAUACCGGGCGGGCUGCCGGGCGGGCCAAGAAUAGGUGGCGCGUCCCAUGCUCCUCCUACCCAUGCUCCUACCCAUGCUCCACCUACGCAAGCGAUGAGCAACAUGUCACUUCACACACCAAAGCCAUCAAACGGCAGUGAUGUGAGACCGCCCUCGUCGAGUAGUGGCAAACCGCACAAAUUAGAAAAGGAGAAGAAGAAGCGUAACAUCUUCGGAAUGAAGAAGAGCUGAGAAAACGGCCGCCACAGAGCUCCAUGGUGACAUAUUUUAACAUGCAAAUAGACAGACACGAGGCAAAGCGCCCAGAGACAAAUGCCGCAGGUAUCUAAGUAGCACUUGGUUCUUUCUUGGGUAGUAAAUCUUCCGAGUGUUUGGAGAGUAGGAAGUUCAGAUAAGAGAAGGAGAAGGAGAAGGAGGAGGGAGGAGGGAUCGAUAGCAAAGCAUGCAAUUGCACAGAACCUUUGGCAAACGGAUGCGUGGCGUGGCGUUGGAGGAGUUGGGCAUCUUGAGAGAGAGAGAAAGAGAGAGCGAGCGUUUACGUUUCGUUUCGUUUCGUUUCGUUUCGUUGCUGCAUAGAAUUCCGCAUAGCAAGAAGAAGGCAAAUUAGGGGGAACAAAAGGGGGGGAGGGGGAGAAGAUUGGUUGGUUGGUUGGUUGGUUAAGUUAUACAAAUACAGCUUUUGUGCUAAGGUACAUCUUGGCCGCGCGAAAUAUAAUCCCAAAUUAUAGACACACAUUAUUUACCUUUUAUUCGAGAAUUAAAUUGAGUAUUAUUAACGUUUAA